AUGGAGAUCAAACAGGCAGGGCUCUCGAUAGACGAGGGGCAGAGUGACAAGUAUGAAGAGAAGUCGGGACACGAUCGAUCUUCGAUGGAGCCCAGGAUUCUCGAGAAGGGAGAAACGUUUCCUGCGGACGAGGAUCAAGGCUUCGAGAGCGACCAGGUGGUGAGCACUGCGGCGGAUCUAGUCACCCAGAUCAUCAAGGUCGAGGAUGAUCCCUCCCUCAACCCUUGGAGUUUCCGGAUGGUUUUUCUGGGAGCUGGAUUGUCUAUCUUUGGUGGUGUGCUGCAGGAGAUCUUUUACUUCAAGCCGCAGACCAUCUACGUUUCCCAGGUGUUCCUGACUGUCAUUGCCUAUAUCUUGGGAGAAGCCAUGGCGUAUGCCAUUCCCCGCCGUGGCAUGAUCGGACGUCUGUUGAACCCCGGGCCGUUCAAUGCCAAAGAACACGCUGCUAUUGCCCUUAUGUCCUCAGCUGCCACUCAGUCUGCACUAGCCACUGAAGCACUUUCGGCCCAACAGCUUUUCUACGGUGGCUAUCCCAACCAUGCCGCCGCCAUUUUCAUCGUCCUCUCCUCCCAGCUGAUCGGAUUCGGGAUUGCGGGCCUGUUGCGCGAUGUGAUCGUGCGCCCAGUCAAGAUGAUCUGGCCCAUGACGUUGCCCAUCACUACUCUUCUCGAGUCCAUUCACAAGGACAAGCAAGAGGCGAAGGCCAAAUUGAAGAUCUUCUAUAUCUUCUUCGGGGCGCUCUUCGUCUGGACGAUCAUCCCCGAAUACAUCUUCCCGGUUUUAGAGGGUGUCUCCAUCUUCUGCUUGGCCAGCCAGCACAAUCUGGUAUUCACCAAUCUGUUUGGUGGUGCCUCUGGAAACGAAGGGCUGGGAUUCCUCUCCCUUUGUUUUGACUGGAACUAUAUAGCCUCUCUCGGUUCGCCACUUUGGGUUCCGCUCUACUACUUGACCAACAACCUUAUCGGCUACAUUGGAUGCAUUGUACUCUUCAUGGGUGUGUACUACGGUAACAUCUGGCGCUCGCAGGACUUCCCGUUCCUGUCUCAGCUGCUUUACUAUGGUGACUCAAACUCCACAAACUACAAUGCCUACAACCAAACCCUCAUCCUCAAUGCGGACUAUACUGUUGAUCCUCAAGCCCUGCAGGAGCAAGGUCUGCCCUGGCUGACCGGCACUUACGUCGCCUACCUCAUCACAUCGAACAUGGGUCUAACUGCUACAUUGACGCAUAUGUUACUAUGGAACUUUGACGAUAUAAAGGUGGGCUGGGCGUGGGCUGCACCGAGCCAGCUCAAGAAGUGGCUCAAGCCUGAGACAUACAAGUUCUGGGCAAACCAGGAGACUCCGGAGGAGCGGUUGCAGCGUCGCGUGAAUGACACUUCUCUGGAUCCACACUACCGGCUCAUGCUGCGCAACUUGUACUAUGACACGCCGCUCUGGUGGUGGGGAGCAGUGCUCCUUGGCAGUUUCGCCGUCGGUAUGGGCUGUCUGUAUGCCAUGAAGUCCACGCUCCCCUGGUGGGGGUUCAUCAUUGCCAACUUGCUCACGCUUCUUUUCAUGCUCUUCUUCGGCGCCCAAUAUGGGCUGACCGGAUUCCAAUUCAAUGUGCAGCCAAUCUGUCAGAUGUUGGCGGGCUAUAUGUUUCCUGGCAAGCCAUUGGCCAACCUCUAUUUCACUUGUUUUACGUAUAACUCUCUCCAGCAGGGGCAGGUUUUAGCCAAGGACCUACGACUUGCGCAGCAGGUCCACUUAUCGCCACGGUGCACCUUUUUCGUGCAAGUCAGCGGGUGCAUUAUCGGGGCCCUAUUCAAUUAUGUGAUGAUGUUGAUCAUCGUGCAAAAUCAAUCGGAAAUCCUGCUCUCCGAAGACGGUACCAAUAUCUGGAGCGGUGCCAAUUUCAACAGCCUUGCGAUUGCCUGGAGUAUGGCCAAGGACAUGUUCUCCAUCGGUGGCCGGUACCAAUGGGUCACGAUCUCGUAUCUGGUCGGCUUCGCCGUGCCCGUCCCGUUCUGGCUGGCGAACCGCUUCUACCCCUCCGGCAUCUUCUCCUACCUCAAUACCUCCAUCAUUCUGUGGUACAUGGGCUGGCUGUUUGUCGGCAUCAAUGCCUCCAUUCCGGUCUAUUUCGCUCUCGGCUUCGCUGCCCAGUUCUGGCUGCGUCGCUACCACCCGCACCUUUUCAACAAGUAUAACUACAUUGUCUCCGCUGCUCUGGAUGGCGGGACACAGAUCUGUGUCUUCAUCCUUACUUUUGCUGUCUUCGGAGGUAGUGGCACUUCGCACCCUUUCCCUACCUGGACCGGCAAUCCCGACACGAGUGUUCAUAACUUGGACUACUGCAUGGUGAACCCGGCGACGCUUUGA